UGCGCUCAGAAAUUAUGUGGCACUAACUACCCAGUUAGCAUUGCCUUCAUUGUGGUCAAUGAGUUCUGUGAAAGAUUCUCUUACUAUGGAAUGAAAGCGGUGCUCACGCUUUACUUCAUCCACUACCUACAUUGGGACAAGAAUCUGUCUACAGCUGUGUACCACGCUUUCUCAAGCCUGUGUUACUUCACUCCGGUUCUGGGGGCCUUGAUAGCCGACUCAUGGUUGGGGAAGUUCAAAACUGUCAUCUAUCUGUCUAUAGUCUAUGUGAUUGGUCAUGUGGUCAAGUCUGUCGGUGCCAUUCCUGAUGUGGGGGACAGCACUGUUCAUGUAGUUUUGUCAAUGCUUGGUCUGGUCCUCAUAGCUUUUGGGACAGGAGGGAUCAAACCAUGUGUUGCAGCAUUUGGUGGUGACCAGUUUGAUGAAGAGCAU